UGCUGCUCAAGCAGCGCUGGGGUCCCCGUCUCUCCGCCAGUAAAGGGCUUUAUGUGCUUCUGCCGCCUGUUCUGUCCAGUUGUAACCGGUACCGACCUUAGGAGUUGCAAGAAGGACUCCAGGGGACGCAGGAAACGUAGAAAUGGUGAGACUUGGGGCCUGGAGUCAGGAUUUGGGGGAAGAGUGUCUGGCCCAAAGUGGACUCUCCUUCUCGCUUCUGCCCUGCUCCGGGUGGUUUGUCUCCUGCUGUUAACGGUCCUGGUGGCUCUGCCGCAGCCUCUAUCCCGCUGUGACCUGCACUGGCCGUGGGGGUCCUAGGAAGGACUCAGGGGACCCAGGAGCCCUAGAAAUGGACUCAGUGGCCAUUGAGGACGUGGCUGUGAGCUUCACCCCAGAGGAGUGGGCUAUACUGGAUCCUUCGCAGAAGAAACUCUACAGAGACGUGAUGUGGGAAACCUUCAGGCACCUGGCCUCAGUAGCAAAAACAUGGGAACAUCAUGAUAUUGAAGAUGAGUACAAAAACCAGGGGAGAAAACUAAGAAGUCAUAUAGUAGUUAGACUCUGUGAAAAUGAAGAGCAUAGUCAAUGUAGAGAAAACUUCAGCCUUAUUCCAAAUCUGAAUCUGAACAAGAAAACUACAGGAGCAAAACCAUGUGAGUGCAGUGUAUGUGGAAAAGUCUUCAUGCAUCAUUCAUCACUUAACAGGCACAUUAGACGUCACACUGACUACAAACCAUAUGAGUAUCAAAACUAUGGAGAGAAGCCAUAUAAAUGUAAGGAAUGUGGGAAAGCCUUCACUUUUCCCAGUUCUCUUCGAAUACAUGAAAGAACUCAUACUGGAGAGAAACCCUAUGAAUGUAAAACUUGCAGUAAGGCAUUCAUUUCUCCCAGUUCGCUCCAAAAGCAUGAAAGAAUUCAUACUGGAAAGAAACCCUUUGAAUGUAAAAUAUGUGGUAAAGCCUUCAGUUUUCCCAGUAAUGUUCAAAUACAUGAAAGAACUCAUACUGGAGAGAAACCUUAUGAAUGUAAAAUAUGUGGUAAAGCCUUCAGUUUUUCUUGCAGUGUUCAAGUACAUGAAAGAAUUCAUACUGGAGAGAAGCCCUAUGAGUGUAAGGAAUGUGGGAAAGCCUUUAAAACUCCCUCGAGCCUUCGAUCACACAUGAUCUCUCACACUGGAGAUGGACCGUACAAAUGCAAGGACUGCAAUAAAGCAUUCAUUUCUCCCAGUGCAUUUCGAAUACAUGAAAGAAUUCAUACUGGAGAGAAACCAUUUGAAUGUAAAAUAUGUGGUAAAUCCUUCCGUUUUUCCUAUUCUCUUCGAAAGCAUGAAAGAACUCACACUGGAGAGAAACCCUAUGAAUGUAAAAAAUGCACUAAAGCAUUCACUUCUUCCUGUUCUCUUCAAAAACACGGAAGAACUCAUACUGGAGAGAAACCCUAUGAAUGUAAAAAAUGCAGUAAAGCAUUCAGUUCUUGCAGUUCUCUUCGACUACAUGAAAGAAAUCACACCGGAGAGAAACCCUAUGAAUGUAAUAAAUGCAAUAAAGCAUUCACUUCUUCCAGUUCUCUUCGAAAACAUGAAAGAACUCAUGCUGGAGUGAAACCUUAUGAGUUUAAAAGAUACAGUAGAGCAUUUGCUUCUUCCAGUUCUCUCCAAAAACAUGAAAGAAAGCAUACUAGAUAGAAACUACGAAUGUACAAAAGUCACAAAGCAUUUAGUUUUCCCAGUUCGUUUCCAAGACAUGAAUGAAGUCACGAUGGAGAGAAAUACUAUGAAUGUCAGUAAAACGGGGAAGCCUUUAUUUAUUUCUCAUGAAAACUUUUGAAGAUAUGUGAGAAUGCACACUAGAGGAAAAAUCAUGUAAAGAAUGUAGGAAAGGCUCUUGUCAUCCCACCUCUUUCUGAAGGCAUGAAAGGACUCACUUGAUAAAACCCUCUUGAAUGUAAACAUCAUGGGAAACACUUCAAUUGGCCUACAUCCUUCUAUGUGAAACUCCCGCCAAAAAGAAAUAAUAAAUGUAAGUCAUAUGAGAAAACUUGAUGGAAAUUAAUUUGUAUAUGAUGUUCUAGAAAACUUUCAACAUGAAAGAGUUGUUAUAAAAGUUGUAAAUAUAUUGUGUUUACCAAGCUUCUUUCUUAAAGUGCAACAUUGGAUUGUAGAGUUCUAUUAAUACAUUUCAGAAAUGAAUAUUGAGGUGAGAAAAUUCUGAAAGUCAUCCUUCAUCAAUACUACAUAAAGAUUAAUAUGUGGUGCUCUUUUCUUAAAUCAGUUAAUAAUAUUUUCUCUUUAAUUGUUUUAAGAUGUUUUAAUUGUUCUGUGUUAAGGGGCCAUUGAAAAAUGGUAGUUUGUAGUUGUCAGGAUUUUUUUAUUGGCAUUGUAUUACAGUUCCAGAAUAUGCCUAAUCUGUUGUAUGUAUUGUACAUUUCUUAGAGAAAGCUCCUUUUUUGGGGGUGGUGAGUAUAGGAUCCUGUUUUCAUUUUCCAUACUAUUAAAUAGUUGAAUAAAUUUUUAUGUAUGGGAAGUUUAUCAAAGAGUAUACUUUUCUGUUAAUUCUUAUUUUCAAAUGUGGUUCUUUGCUCUUUCUCCUUCCUUCUGAGUGUUAUCUGGUGAAGAGACUGAAUUCAGUCGAGGCCUGUGAUAGGGCAACAAAAUCUAGAGCUGGACACAUCACCCCUGUCAGUGAGGGUAAAAUAAAGAACUAAAUCUUUAAGAAUCCACCCCCUUUAUGGUUCCAUGUUGGAAUUCCCCAAUAGCCUCACUUGCAUGAGAUUUGGAAGGCAGAAGCAAACAAGGCAUUAGGCAGAUUCUGGAGCCACCAUACAAGGAGACAGACAGUUACAUAGGAGCUUUGGGGACACCAUCUUACAUCCCAUUCUCUGGAUUCUUCGCUAUUCUAGUCAAGAGUAUCUUGAAAAUCACCACCAACUGUUUGAUUUCCAUUUACUCAGAGGUGUAUUUUCCACUGAUGUUUUCACAAUUUUCACACCAAAUAUCCAUUAGAGUUAGAAUAAUUCUGUGAGACCUCUUGUGUCCACCAGGAAACUAAUUGAGACUUUUUUGCUUGUGAGUAUUCUCUGAUUCUCCUCUUCUCUAGAUGGUAUCUGAAAUAGGUCAAAUUUGUAUAGGAAACACCUUAUACUGUUAAUAGUGCUAGUGAGCUUGUUUUCCUGAUUCACCAUGACAUCUACAAUGGGGCACAAAAAGGACAUAGGAGUUUGUUUCUCUUCUGCAUUGUGCAUCAGCUGCCUUGACCCAGUUCUUUCAUGUGAAAACAGUUGCCUUUCUCAUAUCAGGAAGACUGUGUUUCCUGUUACUUGUAGCUGAACAUAUUCCCUCAAUAUGUUUUCAAUAAUGUUUGAUUGUAUGUCAUUAAAACUGUAUCUCCUUGUGAAAUGAA